AUGUUCUCCAUCCUCUCCAUCGCACUCUCUGUUACUCUCUUUAUCGCGCGCGUAGCUGGCCACGGUGGUGUCCAGAGUUGGAUUAUCAGAGAUGAGACUUACAUUGGCUAUCAGCCGUACGAUCCGCCUGAAGGCCAGUGGCUGGCAUGCAAUAACGACGGUGGGCCGACGCGAGGUGGUGGUCAGAUCUCCGCCCCUAUUCGUGCUGGAGACUUUAUCAUCGCUGUGUGGGGGUACUGGAUUCAUCCGUUUGGACCUGGGAUGGUGUAUAUGGCGCGAUGCCCUGGAUCGUGCACUGCUGUUAAUAGCACGGAACUUGAUUGGUUUAAGAUCGAACAUACUGGUUUGAUUGAUGGAAACCUCGUGGAUGGUACUUGGGGUGGAGGCCAAGUAGUCGCCACGGGCAUCUACAACGCCACCAUCCCAGAAGCACUCGCAGAUGGUGAAUACCUGAUUAGGCACGAGCUUAUCGCCCUUCAUCCGCAAUGGGUUGGUCCCCAGUUCUACGUCGAAUGUGCGCAGUUCAUCAGGAAAAGACAAUCGCCGUGGCAGCCGUGGCCCCACACCCUCCACACCCCUCCACACCCUCACACCAUGGUGUGGGACUAUACGGGGUUGUAG